UUUUGCAAAAUUGAAUUGGCUCUGAUUUCUCGUGAAAUGAAGUAAGAAAUUGCAAUUUAAUGGGAAAAAUUUGCGAAUUGUUUCAAAUUUAGAAUGCCAUUAUUGGUUUAAAGCAAAUUUAAGGUUUGCAAUUUUGAUUUCAAACAGCUGAGUGCCAAUUGUUUCAUAUUACCUGGGCUAUGGUCGGACUAACAUUAGAAGAAAUCGAUAGUGGAAUGGAGUCGUUGCCGGAAAGCAGUAAAGAUCUCACACCUGAAAAAAUUCCAGUUUUGGAGGAUGAUUAUGAAAACGAAGAAGACGAAACAUUACUCGAACGUUUGUUAGGAUUAACAGAAAUGUUCCCGCAGUCCGUUCGAAAUCUUUCAUAUGGUGCUGUAGUAGGAUGUAAAAAUGGAGUAAAAAAUUUCUAUGGCUUCAGUAGAUCAGCUGCGUGGAUAUUAUUUUCUACAAGCACUAUCUUGUUCGCACCUUUAAUGUUUGAAAUCGAAAGAGUCCAAAUACAAACUGCUCAAUUAAAUCAGCAAAAACAAGUUCUUUUGGGUCCUAACUCUGCCGUUAGUGGAGGUGCCGGGAAUCCGUUAGGCCCCGGAAUGCCAAUUAUGCCUACGCGGUGAAGGAUUUCUCAUGUAUUGCAGCGUAUGCUUUCACUAAAAUCAUGUGGUUGGACUUGUACAGUAGUAUCGUUUAUUUUAGCUUAUAUUAAUAACAUCCGAUUUCGCGAAAAUUCAUGUCAAUGUCCCUUUCAGCUUUUUACUUUCAAGGUGAAUCCGUAGGAUUGACUCAUUGUAAUUAUUGUUUUUUAAAAAUAAAGUACCUAUUACAAG